GGAGUAGCCAUUUUGAAGCAACAUCGAUGGAUUUACCCUAAAUUGAGGAUUUUUUGUUGAAUAUCCUCUAUUUCUUGGGGAGAUGGAAGGAAGCCACCAGAGGUUUCAACAUGACAUCUCUGUGGCUACUGACCUCAGUCUGUCCACAAUGAAUGAACAAGAAGACAUGGGGCUGUACCAGCAACCACUAGACCUGCAAGCAAGUUGUCAGAGCAACACAGCCAUGCAACAUGGAUAUGUCAGCAACUAUAACAUGGCACCUUCCUCCAGCAGGGGUUAUUUGUCAUCUAAUGUGACUGAUCAGUAUCAUGCUAAUUCUCACUUGACAUCAUACAAGUCCACUUAUACAAGUCCAGGUAAAACUUCCUAUACUGGAAGUGGGUGUGACCAGUACAACUUAAACACUGGCAAUGUCUCUGCUCAAGAUUACUCCCAGAAAGACCUACCAAACACUCCUGUCAUGACAUACAAAAGUCCCACAAACCUGAUGAUAAAACCUCCAAAGGGCUACACUGGACGGGGAAGUGAGUUCGGUGCAGUGAUUCCAGCCUACAGAAACAACGUCAUAGAUAACACCCCUACAGCAGUUUCUGUCAUUCCGGACCUCCCAACACCCAUGAAAAAUCCAGAUCCACCCCCAGCAAUGAAAACAACGCCAUACAAGCCAAGACAUAACAUCAGUGAGAAGGUGAUGAGAAUGGAGGCAGAACCUCAGACCACGGAAGACAAACUCGCCACACAGGAUUACACCGAGACUAAUCUGCCCCGAGAGCUGAUGAGCAAGAUGUUUGGGUUGCUGAAGCAGGGCAUGUUUUGGGAUGCUGUUCUUGUUGCUGGAAGCAAAGAGAUCAGGGUACACAAACUUGUUUUGAUGGCAGCCAGCCCUUUUCUGAUGAACAAGAUGGCUAAUCCCAGUCCUGGUGAGUCUAUACGAGUGAGCUUACCUGCUGGAAUUCCUGUAGAAGUGGCCUCUCAGCUGGUACACUACCUGUACGAUGGAAACGUAACCAUCACAACAGAAAACGUAGGGAAGUUUGCCAGGAUAGCAAAGCUGUUCCACCUUGAGCAUCUCCUAAAGAUCUGUACACAAUUCAUACAACACUACAAACUGGAUAACUCCUUACUGAAAGUCACAAAUGAAGACAUCUCCAUAGUGGUUAGUGUCAUAUCACCCCAGAAAGCUGCGGCUGCCCCAGAAAGUGUUCAGAAAACACCCCCAAAGAAGGAGGAUCAGACUGUUAGUAAACCUCCAACCAGUGGGGGAAAGAAACCCAUUAAAGAGGCCAACAAGCAGUGUCCUAUCCCCACCACUGUCAAUCACAUGUAUGGGACCCGUACCCAGUCUGGCACGGUGAAAAAGAAGACAUUUAAAGACCAAACUCUGACCAGCAGCUUAAAGAAAGGAAACAGUACCAAGAAACCAAAUACUGCAGUAACAAAACCAGAGCCAGUAACUGAGAAUAAAACUACUGUCUCUCCUAAGCAAAAGAGCAGUAUUCCCACUGUUGUGGCACAGACUUCAUAUCUGAAUCACCCAAGAAAAAGAAGGCUUUCCAUGCUAGCUCAGGAGACUGCAAGCAACAAAGAGUCCUCAGAAAGCCUGGGUGUGGAUCUAGGAGGGGUGUCUGAGGAGGAAGUGGAUGAUGAUGCAGACAGUGACUACACUCCUCCCUCCAUCACAACACAGUCAGGGAUGCAGAGGGCUGUGUUUGAGGGGGCCAGGAAGGGGAAAAUGUUCAAAUCACUGAAGAAGUCUGCGACUCUCAGCAGCAUCAAGAAAGGCCUGGGUAAAAAGAGAGCACAGACUAAUUCUCCACUGUUGAAAUCAGAGACCACCAGGCAGCCCCCAAAAAAGAGAGCGAGAGAAUUCGCAGAAAAAGAAGUGGAGGAGAUGGCUUCCUACAUCUUCAAGAAUGAGCCAACUGCAUUCACCAACAUUAAACCCCUGCAUGGUACGAAGGGCAAGAAGAAAAAGAAACCCACCAAAAGCAAGACUUCAGGAUCCUCUAAACUAACUCCAUAUUCGGGGAUAAGCCGAUAUGCUUCUGAACUUGAAGACAUGGCAAAAUCGGUCCCAGAGGAUGAGAAGGUCUUCAUCUGUAGAUUGUGUGGGAAUGAGUUUGUGUUUCCCAAGCGCUGUAUCACACAUGUCAUGAAAACCCAUGAAAUGAGUGUUGCAGAUUCUGUUAGUCACAUAGAGAUUGGCAAAAGGGAGGCUACUCCUAAAUCCUGCGAUAUUUGUGGCUAUGUUACUAAGGAUGCUAAUCAUUAUUACAUGCACUACCAUAAGUAUUUCAGACAUGGAGUUCCUCUGCCCAAAGGCUGGAAGCCUUAUAAAUGUGACAUAUGUGGAAAAGAAUGCUUCACAAAAUUUCAGCUGAAGGACCACAAACUCAUUCAUGUGGAACAAACUCCUUUUGUUUGUGAAACUUGUGGCACAGGGUUCAAAUCCAGAACAUGCCUGAACAGCCAUGUAUACCAUAAACACAGUACAGUACGUAAACAUCCAUGUACAGAAUGCACCAAAACAUUUAAAACUCGAACCCAGUUGUUAGUACACAAGCGAACUCACAGCGGUGAAAAGCCAUUCCAGUGUCCGGAGUGUACAUAUAAAAGUACAACCCGAGGAAAUAUGAGAAUCCACCUCACGAACAAACAUAAACUCAGUCCUGAAGAAAUCAAGUACCUCAUGGAGAGCAUCAAGUUUGAUAGCCCCUCGGUUCUGUGUAUUGUAGAGGUGAAUGAAGAUUAUGAGGAACCUCCAAACUCCGUACAAAAAGAGGUGAAGACAAAAUCAAAUCCUUCCAAAGCAUCAACUAAACCACAGAGUGUGAUGGUGAUGAAUCAAAAGGGAGAGGUAGAUUUACUGGACAGUCAGACUUACAAUGAAUCUCUCACAGCUUUAGGAGGUCCAAAACUUGCAGCACAAUCUCAAGUAAGGGGCAGUGAAUCCUCUGAUAUAACUCCCUUACACUCCACACUGAGCUCACUGAUUGAGUCUUCUGGUAGUGCAGGAACAACCUCAUCGUCUGGCCUACAGGACCCCCAGCAGUACCUCUUACAGACCAUCAAUAUCCCAAUAUCUCAGGACAUGCCGAUGGGAGACGCCGAGACGGCUCAGCUGCUGCUGAAUCAUGUCAGUGGUGAACAACUGCAUCAUGCUGAUCACCAGUAUACAAUGGAGACUCCUAUCAACCUAGUACAGGACACACAGAAUAUUAAUACAGUCAGUCAAGGUGUCAAAACAUACACUAACGAGGAAAUCCAGUCUAUGCUUGCCAACAAUGGAAGGUCGUACGGACAGCAAGCCAAGUCUCAGAGUGAAACCUACAUACAGAUGGUUCCUGCUGCUCAUCUUCAGCAUGUUCAGCUGCAGGACGGUUCAUCUCAGAAUAAUAUGAACAUGAACCAGUCCACACAAUUAAUCACUCCACAAGAAAUCCCUGUUCAGAACAUGUCUCCAAUAAAGAAACAGCUACAGUACCAAUACCAACUGAAUGCAGAUCCGACUAAUUCUAUACUGAUCGAUAACCAGGAACACACAAGUUCAAACCAGCUGACAUCUACUCACACUCAGCCCACUGUCUCCCUCCUUCCAGUCAGUUUACAGACGUCCUACACCCCAGUGUCCCAGUACGUCACCAUAGCCAGGAGAAAUGACCAACAACAAACAGUGCCCUCUAGUUCAGGGGCAGUAACUUUGCACACAUACAUUGUCAGGUCCCAAAAAACAGGAUCAGAGACUCAAAAAAAUUACUCCCCUGUCUUACAAACCCAGAAGAAGAUGGAUGAGGAUAUUCUUCCUCCAACACACACCUUGUGGAACACUCCAAUAACAAUACAGGACACAGUGACGUCUGGAGCACCUGUUGGACAGAGAAGCCAGACCCGUCAGCCCUACAACGCAGGGCAGACAACUGGACGCUACACUGCUAAUGAAAAUACUGAUGUCAAUUAUCAGUAUUCAAACUUCAAGUCAUAACCAUUGAGAAAGAAUGGAAUUAAUUAAUCAUUAAUUAACUGAAGAUUGUGUCUUUUGUUAUGUAAAAUGCAUUCAUUUGUAGCUGAUUCAUUUGUGAAUUUCAAGGAGAAUGAAAUAAAUAUAAACAUGCAACUUAAAAUUAUGUCUGGGCUAAGUUUUCAUUGAUGACUAGCUGUGUAUUUCAUACAUCUGAAUUAAAAAUUUUAAAAAUGAAUUAAGAA